AUGCGUCUUUUGCCCAAAAGACGCCGCUGCCACUACCGCAAACAGAACCCCAUAACAGAACUUUGUUUGUCGGAGAGUAAACGUAAACGUUAUCCUUACUCCCGACUCGGGAGCAGCCUACGUAAAGCCGUCCAUGGGCGAAACACUGUUCACCUAAAUGCAGACCCCCCGACGCUGAGCGCCUGUCCUUGCGAUUUGGCCAUUAUUGUUGAACCAUGCUCGCCACUAUUUUUUCUUCUAAUUUUUUCCACUUUGCCUUUUCUUUCUUUCUUUCUUUCUUUCUUGCUGUCUGUCUGUCUUUAUUUUAGACUCCCUCAAUGCCUUUCCUUUGUUCUUUCUUUCUUUCAUCCUUUCUUUUUCUUUUUUCUUUCUUUCUUUCUUUCUUUCUUUCUUUCUUGCUUUAUUUUAGACUCCCUCAAGACUUCUUCAAUAUGUCUCUUCUUCGUUUUCUUUUUUUCAAGACUUCUAGAUUUUCCUAACGUCUCGCUUCUUCCUUUCUUUCUUUCUUUCUUUCUUUCUUUCUUUCUUUCUUUCUUCUCGAUUUUCCUGUCAUUUUUACUUUCUUUUUCAUUCUAUUAUAACGCUUCUUCUUCUUCUUCUUCUUCUUCUUCCAUUUUUCACGUCUCUCUCGAUAACAUUCAACUCUUUCUCUACAUUAUUAGCGAUCAUCUACUUUUCUACUUGUCAGUCACUUACUGCGUCUUCACACUUUGUCUUAUUCUAUCAAUCUCUGUCCAUUUUUAUUUCACUCUGUGUCUUUAUCUCCCUGCCAUAUUUCCACGUGAUGUCUUUAUCUUCUUCUUCUUCUUCUUCUUCUUCUCAUUAUUAUUAUUAUUAUUAUUCAUUUUUCACAUUAUCUUUCCUUCUCUUUCCCCUUUGUUGCUCCUCACUCUCACUCUCUCUCUCUUUCUCUCUCUCUCUCAUUACGCUUAUUCUGCUCUUCUUAUGCCUCUCUCUCUUUCUCUCUCCCUCUUCUCUCCCUCUAUCUCUUUUUUAUUCUUUCUUUUGACUUUCUUCCUCUCCAGUCACCCUGAUUUUCAUCUUCCUCAUUUUAUUUUCUCUCUUCCUCUACUCUUUCUCCUACACCUCCCACUCUAUGUUACACUCUUCCCAUUCUUCUUCCAACCUGUUCCCUCUCUCUAA